CUUGUCGCCUAAUUGGCCUGAGGUCGUACUUGCCUUCAGGUUGCAUCCAUCGCUUGGCUUCUUUUGCCAACGGCAGGUGGUGACUGGCACCUUCCCUUCUCCCUAGCAGUUCUCAUCGGCCCAAUUCUUCAUUUGUUCCUCCUGCCGGUGGCCUUCUUCCUCACCACAUCAUCAUCAGCAUCAGCAUCAGCAUCAAUCUCUCAAUCAGCUUUCCACACUCUUUCACUAUCACACUCAUUCAUAUUUCGCUUUUAUUCAUCUUAAUUAUCUCACCAUGGCUCAAAACGCGUGGACUCACGAUGAUUACCGAGUAGGAUGGCUAUGUACUACGCCCAUCGAGGUAAAUGCUGCCCGGACCAUGUUGGAUGUAGAGCAUGGGUCGCUACCAACCGAUCAAGCGGACGAUAACAGCUACAUCCUUGGGGAAAUUAACCGCCAUACCGUGGUGAUUGCGUAUCCUGCGCUGUACGCUCAAACCAAUGCUCCGCAUGUUGUAUCAAACAUGCUCAGCGCCUUUCCACGUAUCCGGUUCGGACUAUCGGUUGGCAUUUGUGGAGCGGCGCCUAGUGAACCGGAUCUGGUGAAUCCUCUUGAGGACAUCAGACUUGGAGACGUUGUAGUUGCGGAGCCCGGCGAGAGCCAUAACGGCGUAUGCUACUAUGACUCGGACCUAUUGGAAACGCAGAACGUCUUUGAGACUAAUUUUCGAGUGAGAAAACCUCCUGCCAUCCUGCAGCGAGCUAUGCGGAAGUUAAAAUCAGACCAUGUCCUCGGUAACAGCCAAAUGGUGAACUAUUACAACCAGGCAGUGACACAGCGGGCGGCUCAGCUGCCACUGCUAGCGCCGUAUCAAUUCCCAGGAUGGAACUAUGAUCGGCUGUUUGAAUGGGACUAUGCCCAUGCAACCACUGCAGGUAAUAACGGCUGCGCGCAAUGUGAUCCAACCCGCUUGGUAGUGCGCGGUAAUCGUAGAUCCGUGGAUCCAGUGGUGCACUACGGGCUUAUAGCUUGUGGACAGACACCCUUACAAUCGGGUGCGGUCAGGAAUCGACUACGAAAUAGUGCGGUGGAGCGCAACCUUGAUCAUGAUAUAUACUGCUUUGACACUGAAGCGGCUGGUCUGGGAAACAAGUUUUCAUGCGUUUUGAUCCGAGGGAUAUGCGACUAUUCCGAUGGCCAUCGGAACAAGAUUUGGGAGCCUUACGCCGCCGUCACCGCUGCUGCCUACGCAAAAGACUUGCUUCGUGUAAUCAGCCGGGAGGCUGUCGAUCACACAAUGCUCAUGGCCAAGGCUCUUGAGGUGUGUAAGUUCAGAGAGAUUUCAUUUGACUGA